AUGGCCAAACUAACGUCCAUCCUCACGAGUCCCAGCAGUAGGAUGCCAAAACCAUCUCUGGUAUCAGCCUACAAGACGAAUGCUUAUGUUAGUGAUUUUGCAGGGUAUUCGGAUGGUGAAGAUAAUGUCAAUCGCAGCCCAAGUCGGCGACCGAAGUCUGUUACUUUCGAUAAAGAACCCCCAGAAGUUCUUCAGUAUGAAAUGGUUACGCCGGAUCCAUCAGUUGACGGUUCCUCACCGAUGCAUUAUGAUUCAGACGAAGACGAAGAUGAUUAUGAAGAUGAACUGGAGAACACUCCUGUUAUCGAGCCUGAUGAGUGGGCAAGGAUGACUCCGGAGGCUAUAAUGAAUUCACAUCUUGAUGAUCCUUUCCGCUCUACCCCAUCGCCAACCGCACGGCCGCUCCCCCCAAUUCCGGGAGCUUUUAUCUCACGAGAGGAAAGUAACAGUCCCUCCUCGGGAAGACCGCUUCCUAGCCUACCCGUUACUAAAGCAGACCUUCAGAAUAUCCAGAAGAUGCCUCUUGAGGAGAGGAUGAGAUUAAUGUUGGCUUAUGAAGAACAUGAAGGGGUCGACGAAAAUCCUCGAAGAUCCUCAGUAGAGACAGGGGAAAUACAUGAGGAGCGUGAUGAGCUGGGGGAGAUGCUGGAGAGCAUGGGAAUUAAUGAGAAGGAGAAUACUGGGCCGCUUGAUGGACGGGAUGAGAGCAUGAGCCCGGUUCAACUCAUAGAGGAUGCUGCAUCAGACAGUGAAGGGCCUUCCCCUAAUACUAAUCGAGAUGCCGGCCAUGAGAGCGGUUCCUCAAGUCAAUAUGAAUCCGCGUCGGAAUACGAGCCUCCACCACCACGCCUUUCUCGAGAGUCCAUUCGACGACAAGUGGAGGCUCGGAGAAAGAACUCGUUUGAACCUGGGCUUACCCCUCCUCAUGAUCUACAUGAUGAACAAGCCGAACUUAAUGAUUAUGACCAAGAGGCUAUCUCGCAGGUGGACGAUGGAGCUCAAAUCAAGCGGGAAGUAUCUGAUGAUGAGGGAAUAGACAUGUACAAAGUGCCGGAGAUGGACAAGGUUCCAGAACGCCCUGCGUCUCGAUUUGCCACGAGAUCACCAGAUCAUGAUACUACGACUGAUUCGGAAGCUUCUCAUUGUGAAAACGAUAAUGAUGAUGAAUCCAGGUACAGUGAAUACGAGGAAAAUGAGCUAGAUAUCCCGAGCAGAGAAGAAUCUACUCCUACACCCCCCAAUCCCCAGUUAUUCUUUUCACCCCAUCCGAUCGCCAAAGAACCUGGGUUCGAAGAACCGCGGAAGCAUAACCAGGGUGAGGCUAGAAUGAGCCUUCCUGACCUCUCAUCUAUGCUUGACCGUGAUGGUUUAGGACUUAGUCAGUACAUGACUCCUCCCCCACCUCCUCCUCCCGAAACUUCCGAAACUCCCGAGCAAGAGCUUGCUCCCUCAAGUAGUAUCGCUCGUGAUCUUCUCGCCGAACGAGCGGAAAGCCCCGCGGAAGAAGAGGAUGACAAUACUUAUGAAGACGAGGAUACUGGAUCGGUUAUUAGGCAUAAGAUCUACCACUCCGAUGAGGAUGAAGAGGAAGCGGAUGAUGAGGAUGACCUGGCAGAGUCUAUCGCAACAAUCAGAGCGCCAGGUGGAAAGUUGAAGACGAGAGCAAGUGCAACGCCCGCAGAUAUGGCACAGAUGGCUGCUGCGCGCAGGCAAGUCAGUGGUGAUAUGAGUGGAGGCUGCCCCCCUGUUCCCCGGAUACCUGACGGUUACCGUAGUGGGGGUGAUUCAUUGUCUGGUAGCGAGGAUGAGGGAGAUGACGCUGGAGUUCUCUCACAUGGCGAGGAGGUCGAGAGAAAAGCUUCAGGUAGGAAGAAGUCAAUAGGACUUCCCGCCUUGGGAGAGUUCGAGUUUGACCUCAAGUUGGAUGACCUGUCAGAGGAAUUUGACCGAGUCAUCGAGGCGCAGAAGCGCGGAUAUCUAAUGCGUCAAAAUACCCGGGUCAUCCAUGCCUCAAGCAGGGAUCCUGAGGAUGACGUAGCUGGCCCCUCGAGACCAGGUCACUCACGGACCCAAUCUUGGUCAGUUGAGCCAUGGCGAGCGUCUACCAGGAGACGCAGCACGCGUGAUUCGCUCGGCGGGAGCGUCCGAAAGAGGCCUUCAAAUGUCGGCGCCAUGCCAUCGGGGGGUAAGGAUGGAAAGCUCCUUCCCAUGGUGAACGAAAAUGAUGUCGAGGGCCGAGCAAGUCUCAAUUUGCAGCCAGAUGACGGCACUGAGAGAGGUAGAUUGUUUGUUAAAGUGAUUGGAGUCAAAGACCUAGGUUUGCCGCUUCCGCAAGGCCAACCAACCUACUUUUGCUUAACUUUGGACAAUGGGCUUCAUUGUGUCACCACAUCAUGGCUGGAGUUAGCCAAGAAUGCGCCGAUUGGACAAGAAUUUGAACUUGUUGUUCUCAACGAUUUGGAGUUCCAGCACUUCCCUCCAAGCCAAAGCAAUCCACGUUCAGCAGGGUCUUUACCUCUCCUAAGAAGCGGAAGCAGCUUGACAAGAGCCACCUGCGCCAGCGACGGCAUGGGACUUGACUUUGAGAGCAAAGCAUUUGGUCGUCCAUUCACCACCGAUAUCAACUGUUUUAAUGAAUGGGCUGUGGAUACGGCAAGUGUAAAGAGCAAAAAAGGCCUUCAUGGAUCCCUCCAGCCUGCUCGAAAGGCCCCCUACAAGAUCGGGAAAUUGGAAGUACAGCUUAUGUUUGUCCCAAAGCCUAAGGGAGCAACCGAUAAGGAGCUCCCAAAGAGCAUGAACGCUGCCAUCCGCGAGCUUCGGGAAGCCGAAAGCACACUGGCCAAGACUUGGGAAGGAAACCUUUCGCAACAAGGUGGCGAUUGUCCAUUCUGGCGGCGGAGAUACUUUAAGUUGGUGGGUCCAAGAUUGACAGCGUACCACGAGGCCACUCGCCAGCCACGAGCAACAAUCAAUCUCAGCAAGGCUUCAAAGAUUAUAUAUGAUCGCAAGGUUCUUGUCGACCCUGAGGUUAAAGGCCCAGGCAAGUCCCGGAGAAAGUCUGGGUUUUCGGAAGACGAGGAAGGCUACAUGUUUGUCGAGGAAGGAUUCCGGAUACGAUUCGGAAACGGCGAAGUGAUCGACUUCUACGCCGAUUCUGCCGCAGACAAACAGGGCUGGAUCAAGAUCCUCGAUGAGACAAUUGGCCGGAUCCCCGAAAAGCGUGGAUGGUGUGACACUGUGCUCUCAAAGGAAGCUAGAGAGAGGGCGGAGAGGGAAAGAGCCCAGGCAACUUCAGCAAAGGUAAAAGCUGCUCAACAACAGAUGCGCCAGAAUGCACAGAUGAACCAGAACCAGAGCCAGAACCAACAUGGGGCUCAGCAGCCGCCAAGGUCCACUCGCCGCCCUCCUCCAGCCAACACUCAUCGUUGACGCUGCUUGCCGUUAUGGCAUGAGGUAUUCUUCAUGUCUACAUCCUCGGUAUCUGUUGGUC